AUGAAGUAUAGUAUUCUCUUCCUUAUUGCAUUAUGUGCCACAUACAGCAACACUCUGGUGAGUAGUACAACUACGACAACUGUGACAACUGGAACAACUGGAGCGACUCAUGGAGCAACAACUUCUCAAGCAGCCACGGCAGAGGCUCAGACUCCAAAUACAAGUACCGUAACAGCCUCUCCUGGAACUUCUUCUUCCCCUAGUCCCACAGAACAAGCUCCCAGUGCUGGCAGUGUACAAGCCGAACCUGCAGCUAGUCCAAAAAAAGAUGAGAUAAAAUCUGCCUUAUUAAAAAACUAUGCGGGGGUAAAGGUCACGGGGCCCUGUGAUUCAGAUGUAGGACUGUAUCUCAUUCCGUAUAUAUACAUUUCUGUUAUGCCAAAAGAUGACAUCAUACAAUUGUCAACCAGUUUCCCAGAUUCGGACAACACAAUUGUAGAAUUUAAAAAUGGAAAUGAUUCAUCAACUAACAAAUGUCAAGGAAGUACAACAAAAACGUUUAAGCUUAUACUACACCUCGAGGAUAAUAUACUUACCCUCAAAUGGGUGGUGUAUGACCAAGGCAACGGAACUGAUGUGAAAAAGUACAGAUUGCCAAAACUGGAAAGACCAAUAACCUCUAUUCAAGUACAUUCAGUCAUAGUUCAAGGAGACAAAGUGUUCUAUAAGAGUAAAGAUUAUUCCAUAAACAAAGAGAUUCCAGAAAAAUGUGAACAAAUUGCAAGCUCUUGCUUCUUAAGUGGAAACACAGAUAUCGAAAGUUGUUAUACAUGCAAUUUGUUGAUUAAUAAUGACAAUGUGAAUGAUGAAUGUUUUAAUUACGUUUCUAAAGCUUUUAAGGAAGAUUUCUUAACAAUUAAAACAAAGGGCGAAGAUGACGAGGAUUCCUCUGAGCACAAACUUGUGCAAUCCAUCGACAGUAUACUUGAUGUUGUUUAUAAGACGAAUGAAAAGGGAGACAAAGAGUUGAUAACUUUAGAAGAAUUAGACUUAUCUUUGAAAGACGAAUUAAAGAAUUAUUGUCAACUACUCAAAGAGGUUGAUACAAGUGGUACAUUAGAAGUGCACCAAAUGGGAAGUGAGACAGAUGUGCUAAAAAAUAUUACAAAAAUUUUGCAAAAACAUAAGGACGAAAAAAAAAUAUCAUUGCAUUUGAAGCUACAAAAUCCAGCAAUUUGUAUAAAAAAUGUGGAUGAAUGGAUGGUACAUAAGAAAGGAUUAACAUUGCCCAUUUUACAAAAUGGACAUGGUGAUGAUUAUUCUGGAGAACAGAGCAAUGUAGGGGAUAAGCAGAAUGAUAAGGGGUAUACAUUCCAGGAAGAUAAAGAUGGAAUUAUCGAUUUGUCAGUUAUAGGAAAAAAUUCGAAUGCUUCAUCCACUCCAUUCACAAAUCACAUGUUUUGCAAUACAGAAUAUUGUGAUAGAUCAAAGGACAAAAGUAGCUGUCUAUCCAAAAUUGAGGCAGAAGAGCAGGGCACUUGUGCCACUUCCUGGAUAUUCGCAUCUAAGCUACAUCUAGAAAGUAUCAAAUGCAUGAAAGGGUAUGACUACGUUCCUAGUUCUGCCUUAUACGUGGCUAACUGUUCACAAAAAGAGGGUGAUGCAAAAUGUCACGCUGCCUCGAACCCGCUGGAAUUUUUGAACAUUAUUGAUUCUAAGCAGUUCUUACCAUCUGCAUCUGAUAUGCCUUAUUCUUACAAGCUGGUUGGCGAUGUCUGCCCCAAACCGAAACAUCACUGGACGAACCUGUGGAAUAAUAUCAAAUUGUUAAAUCAUAAAAAUGUGCCAAAUUCGGUAGGCACAAAGGGAUAUACCGCUUACCAAAGUGAGCAUUUCAAAAACAACAUGGACGAAUUUAUCAAAAUUGUAAAAUCUGAAGUCAUGAAAAAAGGUUCUGUUAUUGCCUAUGUGAAAGUAGACGAGAUGAUGGGUUACGACAUGAACGGUAAGGCGGUUCACGGCAUUUGUGGUGGCGAAGUGCCUGACCUUGCUGUGAAUAUAAUCGGCUAUGGAAACUAUAUAAACGCUGAGGGAGUGAAAAAAUCGUACUGGCUUCUACGAAACAGCUGGGGUAAAUACUGGGGAGACAACGGAAACUUUAAAGUUGAUAUGCAUACACCUGAACACUGUCAAUAUAACUUCAUCCACACAGCUGCUGUGUUCAAUUUGGACAUACCCCACUUCGAAUCUGCUUCGAAGAAGAACACAGAAAUGUACAGUUACUAUUUGAGUAGUUCUCCCGAUUUUUAUGACAAUUUGUAUUACAAUGCUGUGGAUGGAGUGAAGGGUAAUGCGACGAAGAAUGGCAAACACUUACCAGGAGGUUAUACUGUCUCAGGGCAGGACAGCACAUCAAAUGGAGCAGAUGCAACAACAGUUGUGCAGGGUUCAGAAACAACAGUGCAAGCAGAAAGUACUAGAGAAACAGGGGAAACAGGAAAUCCAGGAUCAUCAGGAGUAGCAGGACCAGCAGCACCCGUCACUGUAACACCCGCAGUGGAAGAACCCUCACAAGAACAAGUGAGCACCCCAUCAAAUGUGGAAGAUUCUAAGAAGACCCAUGUAAUACACAUUUUGAAACAUAUUAAGGAGACCAAAAUGACAACAAGAGUAGUUACAUAUAAUGGUGAAUACGAAUUAGGGGAUCAUGCUUGUUCACGAACGCAAGCACAAAGUUGGGAAAAACAGGAAGAAUGCUUAAAAUUUUGUAAUGACAAUUUACCCGAGUGCCCAAGGAAUGUUUCUGUUGGGUAUUGUUUAACCAAGUUGCGAAAAUCGAAUGAUUGCAUUUUCUGUUUCGUGUGA